AUGAUGUCAUCUACCAGGUUAGAGGACUUGCUGGGCACCACCGAUCUGUCAGAUGACAGUGAUGUGGAACCGUCAGACAGCAGCUGCUCUACCUUAACGCCAAGAUCCGGGGAGAAAGUAGACUACACCGAGAUCCUGAAUACCCUAUUGCAGGAUGGAGACUGUGAAAGUCCCUUGACAUCGACAGGGGAAGCGAGUCCGCAUACACCCCUUCGCGGAACUAAGGUUCCGGUGUCUACUGAUACCAGCGAAACAAACGGCUGUUACAUGGCAAAUGAGAUAUCUCCCACUAGGGCGGUGAGUAUAACGGGCUCGACAUCUUGUACCGAUGGCAUCGUCAAUCUCUACAGCCCGCAACCGAUAACGGACACACCCACUGAUACGAGCGAAGCGCAAGCGGCGGUUUCUGGCCAGAGUGACUCGGACACGAAAGAUGAUGCAACCGAUCGAUUGAAGUUAUCGGGGGACGCCACAGCUUCUGUAGAGUGUGAAUGCCGUUAUAAGUAUAGGACAGCCAUAGGACAACUGGUCAAUACCUCGCUCUCGCUUUUAGGGUCAAUCCGUUCUGUGGUUCGCCGGCAGGUUGACACCAUGGUAACUGCUCAUAAGCUCUCCUAUCUGCAGCAUUCUAAACGCGCUGCUUCCGGUGUUCCGUAUAUUCAUUCGGACCCAGAUGUGGACUCAGUGGGCGAUGGUACCACUGAUGCUAUUCCCAUAUUAAAUCCAUCUAGAUCCUGCUUAGAGAGUUUAGGACUUUCGUAUAAGCGUCUAGAUAUCCCUAAGAAGCGUGAAUUGCUGAUUCGAUGCAGACACAAUGCAUCAGCCGCUUUGGAGAAGUUGCGACUGUUCAAGGAUGACUUCAUUGACAUUGAUGCGACAAAGGUGAACCGCAUAGGACCACCUCCGUAUGAUUCACUACUGCCUUCUUGUAUAGCUGCCGGCAAUCAUGUGUUGGUCAUAGGGACCUCAAACGGUUCCAUCCUGGUGUCUGACAUAAGUAAUCACAACACAAAGCGACAGUUCAAACCAAACGAUGAUGCCGUGCAUCUCAGCGACUUAACUGUCGGAAGGGAUUUGGUGUGGCAAGAAAUUGAUGCCCAAAGUGAUGCCGGUGUUACAUGUGUCGAUGUGUUACCGGAUUCAAAUUGGAUCUGUGUGGGAUAUAGUAACGGGCUGGUGAAGUUGCUAAGGCUCAACAAAGAUUCGGUACAAACUAAGGCUGCUGAGACUGGAGCAACAGAUGUUUCUGAGGGAGGAGUUGCUCAUGAUGGUGGCCAUCAAGGCCGUGGCUUCGGGCUCAUGGCUGAUGCAGUAUCAUCAGCCUUUGGCGGCUUCAGGAAGUCCGGACCUCAUGUAAUUUGCUCUGCAAAACCUUUCAAUGACGCCGUUACCACAUGCAUAUUUACAAUUGGCGAGUCUCAUGAGGAGGUUCUUUGCGCGAACAGUUCGUUUGUCUCCUUACUGUCUUACAGCAAAACCGUUCUUUCUCACAAUCUCAAUAUCAGACCAAUGGAGGCAUUCACUGAACGUUUGUUAGAGAAUGAUGAUAUUGUGGAUGUGGCCUGUCUUUCUUCUAAUCCUCAGUCUAGAUUUAUCACAGGUGCGACUGUGGGAGGUUUGGUUGCGUUGGCAACGAUUAAGCGGUGUGUAGUGAUAGCCACACGCCCAGAACUGUCGAUACUGUUCCGUGUGCCAUUCACUGAUCGCCCAAAGGAUUCAGACGAUAGUGCGUAUGCUAUGCCUAGCAUUACGUGGAUGGUUUUGAACAACAGCGGUGAUAUAAUGCCGGUACUGCUGAUAGUUUUGGGUUCACGCAUCAGUUUCACGCUUUGCAAUCUAUCUUCGGGGAAGCGCGGUGGGCCACCUGUAUCGUGUACCCAUAUUGGUUAUAUUAGGUUCGACACCGUGAUUCGUAACGUCCGCACAGUCAGCCGGGACCUAUUUGCGGUGGUAGAUUACAACAAUGUUAUGCAUGUGGUACAAGUUAAUGUGUUCCACAGCAUCAUGCACUACGACAUUGUGCGUUCUUUUGACUUGGGUGUGGAUAAUAUGGUUGACUUGUGGCAGGAGAUGGUUAACAUCGGUCCCACGAUUUCAGUACACGUGCGCACCGUAAAAAUGAUGGCCAACAGUUACAAGAAGUUUUCUGCCUUGGUAUCAGAUAUAUUCCACGGGAAGCGGAACGAAUCCUUUUUCGACCUUCGUGUGGUAUCCUUCUACAUUUUGACCAGCAAAGGCAUUCGGUCCUCGGAAAUACAUUCCUGGAUCAAGUGUAUCGGGGAUCUCACAGCAACCAAGCAAUUUGGCGAGGCAUUCGCAAUAUCAUAUGCCCUGUACGGCGGUAUACUACCAGGACUGCUAGACUACAAGGCUUACGUAGACAACAUCCAAAAGUUGAUUGUUUACGUGUUGCACCAGGCAUGUGCACACAUCAUUCGUCUAUCAAAGCUGGUAGAUUCUGAUUCUAUAACGGCGAUGGAUGAAGACAAUAGUGACGGUUGGACCGACAAAGUGAAAGAUGACAUCAUCUCACAGAUCGACAAUCUAUGUUGCGCUAUGUUUGACAUUUGCCUACGACUGAAUUUGUAUGACUGUUUGAACGAUUUGUUAUUUAGGUGUUUUGCUACUGUGGGCAUGCAACACGUUUUUGUGAAGUACGUACUACUUAAUUUUUACCAAGGACGCAUGGAUUUGGUACGUCUGAAACCAACCGUUUUUGAGUCAAUUUUCGAUUUUUACGGCAAACUUUUGGACUCCAUGCAAACCGAUUAUCUCAGUGGAUGUGACCAUGUUGAAGACUCUUUGGUCUUCCUAAGGGACGAAGUGGAGCACCGUAACAAGGGUCAGUGUCCUGUGCCAGGGCCGCAUAAGAAACAGGAUGUGAACGAUAAAGUCGUGGUUUACGAGCUAUUGUGCAACCACAUAUCGAGACUCUAUGUUUUCUGUUCUCGAAAUGAAAUUUCAUUCAACAAGGAAAGGGCUGUUUACAUGCUUUCGAAGCACGCACAGUGGCAGGCUUUGGUUUACUGCCCAGAUUUGAUUGGCGAAGAUAUUUCUGUUGCUCUAGAGAUACUCUAUUCGGAAGCAUCAAGCAGAGUUGAAUCUCUGCACAACGUGCUAAGUCCUUCGUCGAUGGUUAUUGGCCAUUUACCGUGGAACCGGACUGAAAGCCUAUAUGUCUUACGUGUGCUUUACUCAAUCUUGAACUCGUUCCUCACCUUCGAAAACUGCGGCCUAGCACCCGAGUCUGCAGUUACUAAUUUUUGCAAAGUAUUGGGUUGUCUGAUGUCGACAAGUUCCUCUAAGCCUUCAUUUCCACUUUCAUCUGACGUGAACUACGCAAGAUCCGAGCUUUUAUACGACGAUGACCUAAUAGACUUUGAAAACAUGGAUCGCCUGGGAUUUGAGACUACAUGCGGCGUUGACUCGGUAUCCCCAACGCUUCAGAUGUUGAUGUCUUUCAGCCCUCGGCUGCUAUUUGCCUGCUUCGCCAACUUAAUGAUGGCUCCCAAUUCAACCUUUGAAUCCAACACUGAUAUACUGGGUUCGAAGAUUGACGUGUUCAACUUCCUAGUCAACGCUUUGAUAGGAUGUCUAUCUACAUUCGAGGCUGCACAGUCUACAUUCACUAUUCGGUGUAUGCUAUCGAUGUUCAUUCUUGGUGUCAGCGUUUUUUCGGAGCAAUUUUAUCUUGCCCUACGAACUCAAGUUGUGGCCAUCUACACACUGCUUACAGAGGUUUCUGAUGUGGAUUCUGACCCGUUUUUGGAUCCCGCUGAAUUAACAACGAUUGAGUUGAUUCUCCCAGAUGGCAGUUUCAAUAAUGCAUACUUCUUACACUCCUUCUGCAAAAGGUCGGAAGAGUUGUUUGAUAACGUGCGACAGUUCAAUGUCACCGAGUCCACUACGCGCGAGCUUUUGAAGUUGCAUAUACGGCGCACAUUGUUUGCCAUUUAUCGCAAGUUUGACUGUCAGUCAAGUUGGACACAAAACGCUCACUUCGGAAACCUGAAACGCAUGUGUAGCGGUUUGAUUCCAUUGGUUUGCGACUUUGAAACUCGUGUGUUUUUGUGCGAAGUGGCAGGCGAUUAUGGAAGCGCGAUUCAAGCCUGGGAGUCAGCUGGCGGUGACCAGGUUUUCAUUUACAUACAGCAAUGCCUUGCGUGUAUCAAAGCUGGAGUAGUAGAACCCGAUUGCAGCGUCAGAGAGUUGCUGCUGGUGGAUCCUGCCGUCCAGAAGGAUUUCGUUGCGACUUUGAUGGAUGCAUUGCCUCAUCUUAUCAGGGUCGACUUGAAGAGUGCAACGUCCCUCUUGGUCGAAAUAUUUUCGUUGUCCAACCUUGUGUCUGUCUUCAAAGAAACUGCUUUACAGUCAUCUCAGGACAUUGUACUUUCCACGCUCAAGGAUACCCCCGAGCUGCAGUUAAUGGUUCUGAAUGCGCUUCUCGGCACUUCUCAACCGGGAACGGGCGUUGGUGUGGGUGCCGGCUCAGGAGAUUACUUCAACCAAUACUUGCGACUUUUAUGCAAGGAUGACCCCAAAAGCGUGUGCCCAUUUUUGAAGCGGCAACAGAAGUUGGACAUUGGCGAUUCCUUGUCGAUCUGCAUCUCCGCUGGAAUACACGAUGCUGUAGCAUACCUACUGAUGCGUGCUGGUGACUUCGCUGAAUCAGCAUCUUGGCUUUUGGACUCCUUCCAUGCGGUGGGCGACGACUUGGACUGGUGCCUCCGGCUUGUCCAUGAUGCCUGCAUUCUGUGCAUUCGCUGUGAAGAAUUCACAUCCCGAGAGACUUUGGAGCUGCUAUGGUUCGGAAUCCUGCAAUACUUGGUCGAACGUGAUCCCCUCGGGGAACGGUACGCUAACUUGAUUGAGGAAGUGUUCACCAACGGAAUUUACAAGUUCACCCGGCUUAAGGAAGCGCUUGUUGAGUUGAAAAGGUACGACUCUGCCCGCGUGAGCAGUUUUAAGAGCCCAUUACGCCGACUGUUGUGCGAUGCCGAGUUCCAAACUUUCGUUUCGAACGCCUCGUCUACUAUGUGCACCACGGUUUUGCGAGAGGAGUUCCGCCGUAGUCUGGGGUACAAUAGGCGUGGCGUCGUUGUUGGUGGUGGACACGAAAUACAUUCGUCCGAGUUCCUGUGCGGCGUCUGUAGACGGGAGAUAUGGCCAUCGGCGCCCUCAGAUGAAGCGAGAGCCCGUGAGACUCCGGUUGCUAACGGCGCAGCACGCAGCCCAUCUCACGCCACUUCCCCUGCAUCAAACAGCUUGUCUUCUCUAGAGCGACAACUUGGCGUGAUAUACUCGCUGCCACAAUCAUCUGAGAAGCAGGGUACGGAAGCAAUACCGGGUAAUAUUGGUAUUACUCAUCUAACAAAUCUGUACUCUGACCGUCUGUCUACUCUCGUGAACAAGAAACCACCGGGUUUAGUUGGGCGUGCAAAUUGGUUUAACGCUACAUCGCUGCUGCUUUCACAGCUGACUUCCGGGAUGCCUACCCACACUAAAGGUGUCCCCCGUUGGGACAAGUCAUUCCGUGUGUUUUGGUGUGGCCACUUCUUCCACACUGCCUGCUCCCCCAGGCAGUGUGCCACUUGUGGUUUGUGUGACUAA